AAUCUUCUCUUAUAGGUGACCUUUAACUGUUUAUGAACUUCAUUUUCCUUGUCCUUACAUAAUAUUUUGCAGUGGCUACAUGUCUCCCGAGUAUGCAGUGCAUGGGCAAUACUCUGUGAAAUCUGAUGUCUUUAGCUUUGGAGUUUUAGUAUUGGAGAUAUUGAGUGGGAAGAAGAACAGGGGAUUCUGCCAUCCAGACCACCACCUCAAUCUUCUUGGACAUGCAUGGAGACUAUGGAUUGUAGACAGAGCAAUGGAACUGAUCGAUGAAUCAGUAGGUGAUGCACACACACGAUCUCAAGUGUUAAGACUAAUUCAAGUGGGUCUGUUAUGUGUGCAGCAAAGACCUGAAGAUAGACCAAACAUGUCUUCUGUGGUUCUAAUGUUAAGCAGUGAAGUUUUGUUGCCUAUCCCAAGGCAGCCGGGUUUCUAUGCAGAUUCUCCGUCUAGCAACAAUGCAACUUAUUCAGCAAAUGGAAUCAGCAUCUCAACAUUCGAAGCACGAUAAAUACAUUUCUUGAUUUAGAGCAAGAAUUGUUAUACCGUACUCAUGUUGUUAAUUUAGACAGAGGAUUCUUCUUCAGACGGUCUGUUUGGCAACACAACUAUUCUAAAGUAUUAUCAUAUAUUUUUUUCUCAAAUAUCACUCAAACACAAAACA